UUUUUUUUUCUUUUUCUUGUUUUGUAUAUCAGCUUCACUAUAACAAUUUCGAUAUCAUGAUUAUUCCUGUUCGCUGUUUCUCUUGUGGCAAGGUCAUUGGUAAUAAAUGGGAUAACUACUUGUCCUUAUUACAAGCUGAAUACACUGAAGGUGAAGCACUGGAUGCUCUUGGAUUGAAGCGUUAUUGUUGUAGACGUAUGGUACUUACUCAUGUUGAUCUGAUCGAAAAACUUUUACAUUAUAAUCCUUUGGAACGUAGUCGAGAUCGUAGCCGCGCAUAGAACACCCUCUAUUUUAUUUUGAUUUUAUACAUUACUCAUUUACAUUCUAUAUCUCUUACCCAUCGGAACAUACUUCUCUCUCUUUGACGAAUUCGCAUUUCCUUUUUUUUUUUUUUUUUACAUAUGAACUUAUCAUUCAGCAUUCACGAUACUGUCUAUUUUAUAUUUGAUUUAUAUACAUAUACAUUGUGACAAUAAAAAUACUCUUUAUACAUGAAAAUGGGACGGAAUUGUUUAUAUGAAUAGUUCUGCCAAUGAUGAUGAUAUUGUUCAUGUUAGGAACCGUGAAAAAGUUACAACAGAACUUAACCUAGG